CUGCGGAGGAGGCUAGAUUUUACCUCAAUUACCUGCACUCACUUGAAAGUGCUGUAUGAGUCUGUAUCAAACAAUUAAGUUAAUAUGUCUGGCAUUAUCUCAGGCGUGCUAGACCUAACCUUUGGUUUGCUUUGGGACAAACUUCGCGAUCAUACUGCGGAGCACUUACAGGAUGGCGAUGUUACCGACGAGAAAUGUCGUCAAAUAAUUGUUCGUGAGUUGGAUAACAUGAAAUCAAUUCUGGAAGGGUUAUCACGUAAAGAUCUUCUUGCAAGUAUAAGCUUUCUUAAAGAAGGUGUUUGCUUGUUGAAUAUGGCCUUCAGAUCUACGAAAGACGACGUUUAUAAACGAGGUACAUUGCAAGACAAGAGCGGAAGCACGAUACAGUCGAUAGACUGUCAAAGUUCAAAUGAAAUGCCUGACUUCUCUACCAGCAGUAGUGAAUCAAACUCAAAACAAAACCUCAAUGAGAACGAACGUUUUGAGGAAGCCAUUAAACUGCUUUCACGAAUAAUAGCCAAUCUUGGUACUGCUUCCAAGGACCGUCUUUCCUCCGCAAGAAGGUCGUUUGAACACGCACGACACGAAGCUACAACAGCGUUCAACAACAAAGCACUGUCGACGAAAGACAGAAUCCUUGCAUGCAAAUUACGAGUGAUAAGUAGAAUGCUUGAAAGCGUUGAAGACCCCAGGGUUGUAUUUGAAACAUGUAUGUUGUAUCUCGAAGAACUUCACAACCUUGAAGCAAUUCAGGGGAUAUUUAAUGUUCAUAUCAAUGGUGGAUUAAGGUCACGCUUCAACAAGCAAAAGCGUCAAGAAUUAAUGAGUUCGGUAAUCAUGAUUAGCUAUGUUUUAGCGAAUUUUACAUUGAGGUUUGCGGAGAAGAGGUAUAACUUGUUAACAUGGCCGAAGGUUCAAACAAGUCGUGGUAGUUUUCAUCCAUUAUUAGAUUCUGCGGCAAACUCGAUUAUGCACAGCGCCAAGAUUGGUGCACCACAUAUAUUUGUAUUUGAUAGAAUGACGCAACAUGACCAUAAAGUUAUGCCUGAAAUAAUGACAACCGGAAGUGGACACAUUGCAGAAAUUGCUUUUAGAGACGAUGUAUUGCACUUCUGCUUGUUUCAUAGUACAGACGAAAUAACCACUGACUGCGCUAAAAUACUACUCGCUGUCACAGACGAUGGGUUAGAUAAUAUAUAUGUUGUCGCUUAUGUCGAAGUAUCCGCCGACAAAUUUGAUUUCUCGCUUCUCGUAGCUGAUAAAACAGGAAAUAUCAUGUGCGAGUCAAAUCUAGUGUUCCUCGCACAUGCGGAGAAAAACUAUCGGGAAAGCGCACCCUCGGAUCUAAUUGAAGAAUUCUCAAAUUCUCCCACUCAUGUUGAAUUUGCUGUAAACACCGCGGGUAAAAUCUUAGUCUUCGGUCACCAAACCUUUAUCUACGUCUGCGACAGUAAUGGUGUACUCUCACAUAACUUUGAAACUGCUGACCGAAAUGAUCUCGUUAGUAUAACGCAUAAUAACGAUGUUAUCUCAGCUACAUAUUCUAGCAACACAGUUUGUGUUUAUUCUUUGAAUGGCAGCAUGAUACACCAGUUUGACGUAGUCAGAGGUCAAUUAAUUUGUGACGUAGUUUCACAUCAUACUUCACACAGGAUACAUGUCUUGACACGAAAUUUUCAGGAAGGGAAAUCUCAAUUGGAGAUUUACACACACCUUGGAGAACAUUGCGGAAAUUUGAAGUUAGCUGGCUUCAAUUUUUCAGCACUGUUUGCUCUGUGUGAAGGUCCAGUGGCUGUUAUUUAUGACAAAGGAAUUAUAUUGACUUAACUUAAUACAUCACAAUAUACUAGUAAUCAGUAUGUAUUAAGCCUAACUGCGUAAUGUAUUUAUUAAUAAAAUUUGUUUUGAUUUGAUUUGAGACGUCAUACCUGCAGGUAAAAUCCUUGUAU